GUCGUAUCCCCCUGCGUGGCUAAAGAUUUAGCCUGUUUGCUAUCUGGAGUCGCUAAAUUUGUGUAAACGUGAGUGAGUUCGUCUUCAUUUGAAAAAUAUCAUGUCACAUCGAGCUACGACCUACAACAAUGAAGGGGCGCGACCCAAGCGCGGAACAGUAGCCAUUUUCACGUAACUGGCGACAAGAGUUGGGUGCGGUGAUGUGAUCGAGUCACCGUCGUUCUUGUAGACUUGGAAGAAACUCUGGCGCGCGCUUCUGAGAUUCUUCGUCGUGAAUAUUUCCUGCACACUCUCAGCGAUGUCGUACAACAUCCAAGUAGGAGUACUAGAAGACCUGGCCUCACAUGGCCAACAUCUACUCACGUUUCCGACUAUAGUUCUGACCUUGCAAAUGUGGCUAGGCGUAGUCUUCGUGCUCGGCUUUUUAUCCGGUACGGUUUUCGGAUAUCAAGCCCGGAUAUUCCGGGAGAAAAACCACAUGAAUAACAGUGAAAAUAAAGAGCAAGGACAGCAUGGAGAAUCGAAAACAACGACAGGAAAAAGGACCAGGAGGAGUAAAAAUAGUUUCCGCGGUACAAGUGGCUCGUCUACAUCUACGUUGAGGGCUAGAGCGUUGGGUGCUGGAAAAGCUUCUGAUCGACGAGCAGAUGUGAAGGAACAAAAUGAGCAGACCAAGUCUAAGAGCACCGUUGCUUCUACCGAGGCUACAGACGAACUGGACGCAAGUUCAUCUCGCAGUAGUAGUAACACAAGUGUGGCCACUUCUUCGUCCUCAAUAGUUGGCUCUGAUGGGCUGUUGGCUACUCUUCAGGACUCUCAUGACGCGCAGCAGGACUCGUCAGGCAGUGGUGCGGGUGGGGAAGAGAAGGUGGCGACUGAAGGCGACGGCGAAACAGAAGCCGGGGCUGGUGGUGGCGAAAUGGUAGUACUAGGUGAAGAUCCAAAUAGCGUAGUGGCAGAGGAGGAUGACAUCUCCAGCUUAGCUGCAGUAUCUCCGGAGGAAGCAGUCGAAAACAACCUGCAGCCCUCUUCUCAGGAAGAGGGAGAGAACUACGUGGAUGUUGAUCUUAAUGGCGAGCAACAUGAUUGGGCUCCUGAAGGUUCUUGGGCUCCCUAUUUUCACGAGCAGCAACAGUUUGGAGUUGGAGGGUUCGGUCCACAAGAACUACAGCAGUUUCCCAUUUUUGGUGGCGCUUUUCCAAGUUGUAGUACUUUUCAUCCAGGAACUGCCUUCGACGACAGCUAUUACAACUGGGACCCCAGGAUGCAGGGUCCAAAUACUGCUGCGCUCACAAGAGACGAUACGGACUUCGAAUAUGCUUCUUCAACAGGUUACAACGUGGAGGAGCUUCCUCUCGAUGGAGGAGCUUCGCCAUCCGCGAUUGCCUUCUGUUCCCCACAGUGCUCUCCGACUGCACGUGGCAGUAAUUCUUCUACAACUUAUUUCGAUGGGUCCGACUCAUCUACAAGGAGACAAGGAUUACUACAAGGAGACAAGGGCAUCACGACUGCAGCAAGACGGCAAAUAGACCUAGAAGAGCAGGACACAGCGACUGGCUCAACAUAUUCUACACAUGCUGGCGAUCUGCAACGUGCUCAGAGCAAGAGGACCACUUCUUCUCCCGAAAACAAGAAAACUCUUAUACAGAAGGAGAAGGCACCAAAGACUCUGCCUUGGACAGUACACCCUUCAGGAGUGGGUAGAGAUGUGGCGCCAAGACCGAAGCGUAUCAUUCGGGCCGAAGACAUCGAAGAUGGGCCUGGAGGUCCAGGGGCUUCCGUUAAGGCCAUAUAGAAUUAGUGUGUAUCUUAGUAAUUUUUCAAGCCUUGUGGGGACUUGUUAAAGGUUUGCUGUGUUAAUCUAGCUCUCUGUUUUUCCUAGAUAGGUGCGACGACAUUAUUCAUUGUAGGGACUUUUUAAUCAAUCAGGUUUGAAAGGUACGGAUGCGUGUGCAAUCUCGUCAGCGUCAUCUAGACCUACGGGAUGACGCUGCGGCGUAGAGCAAGCAGCAACAAAGCAUAAAAGAGGCUAGUAUGAAGCUGUAGAGCGAGUAGUGACUUCUUUAGCCUACACGUCUAUAGCUUCAAGAGCUUGAUUCUAUAAUUUUGAGUUGAAUUGUUCUAAAACAAGGCAAAACGGUGUUGAGUCCUCCGUUUACGGUUCGCCCAAGUCCUCGAGUCCAGACCGCACAAAGAGUGAACCCAGUAACGACCACGCAAAGGCGGCGCCCGAACAAGCUGACACUAAUAGGGAAGGAACUGGCAGCAUUAACUUGGAGGAUAUUGUAUCGCGUGUCUUGGAAGAGAACCGAGAAAGCAGAGAAAGAAAGCUUCCUGAAGAUAAUAGCGGAAGGAAAGAGGGUAGUGCCGAUCUGGAAUACGAGGUAAAGGAACAACAAAUAGGAGAAGAACUACACGAAGAACUUGUUGCUUCCGCUUCAUCGGCAAUCGGAAGCAAAUCCCGAGAGCAAAGAGCCCUAAAUGAAGCAGCCGCAGCUAGUGGUUGCGCCGCCUCCGGGGAAGAAGUUUCUCUGGAAGCAUCUGUUAGAGCAGCGAUUCGACAGCUAAUACUGGACAGGAGAGCAGUGCAACUAGAGCAGAUCUCACCCGAUGAGGCCUGUUGGAAUGGAGGGCCACUGGUGAAGGAUGCAGCGUUUACCUUGAGCGAGGAGGCGAGUGGUGGAGUAGCUGCUUCUGGAACAAACGAGCAAAAAAGUCCUACGAAGCGGCACACCAAUGCUGACCAAGAAAGCCCUGCUAGGCGUCAAUACGAAGGACAACCACACCAGGAUCUCUAUCGCGCUAGCAGUGACGCGGGUUAUUACAACACGAAUUCCAGUUACCAAGACUAUACGUUGGCGAAUCAGCACAAAGGUGGGCAGCACAUGAUGUUUUAAGGGGGUACUGAACAUCCAUUGUGCAUUUUGAUUCUCUGUCUCUUCUCAAGGAAUGAUAAUGAUUUUUUUAUCCUGUGUGUGAUCGAGGGCAACUGAGUAGAUGGAUCCUGCUCGUGGGUCGUAAAGGGUUUGUCAGAUACUAAACGCUUUUAGUACCAUGUCACCAGUGUCACUAUGAGAAAUUCUGAAUCGUCCCUCGUCUAAGUCCCGCAAUCGACUCUCCAUCAGCGAGCCUGGUACACCACACCAACGAACAGCAAGCAGUAUGGCGGAUAUAACAUCAAGGGAGACCACACUCAUGCUGGCCAUUGGGAUGGCUACAGCAAGGGAGAUGGUUCGAAUUGGCCGAAUAAAGGUGGCGUAACAACAAGCAAAAACAGGAAUAAGGGAUUGUAUCAACAAGCGCAGAAUAAAGGGUCAUCUCUGUUGUGUCCAACCUAUUCGCAGGAGUCGGGCAAACGGUCCGAGUCGGGCAAGCGGUCAGGACGAAAAGUGGGCGAUAGCAGUUAUGCGAUUUUGCUUUGUGAAUAUUUUUCAGUAACCGAUUGAAAACGGAACAUAAUAAAUCAAGAAGAAUACUAGAAAGUGCAGUUUUUCAGUCGUUGAGCACUUUAUGGAUCGACUUACCCGCACAAGAAUGCAUUUUUCCUAGCCAACAUCCUCUGCCUCAACGUCAUCUAACUUUGUGAUAAAAGCCGCGCCGACGUCAAUGGUGCAGCUGCUCAAACACGUCAAGUGCCAGGAUUUCUCGGGCUAGCAAGUCGCGCUGCAGAUCAUCACCUAUACAUUAUGAAGAUUCAAAAAACCGAUCUGCACCAGUGGGUGUUUGUGGGAAAGUAAUUCACGCAUAGCCGGCUAGCUUUCCCUCGAAUUAGGUAGUCCCUUCAACCAAAAUACUGGCAAGCCUUUUCGUUUUGGUUUCAUCAGCAUCAUUCUGGUGUAAGUCCUAUCCUAUCCUCUCCUAUCCUAUCCUAUCCUAAGAACUGUACUAUCCUAAGAACUGUCCCAUCCUAAGAACUGUCCCAUCUCUGGUUCUAACCCUUUCCAUUUCGGACUGAAGAAAGCUGCGACACUGAAGCUUUUGAACGCCGCGUCGAUGCCUGAGGUGAUCCAGGAAGAAGCUGAGAAUUUGAUCAAAAGUGGACUUCUUUCCUAGAAGGGUUCUUCCCAGUUGAGGAGCUCUUAGACCUAAGUUUGUAGCUAGACACAGAAGAGCUACGUCAUUUGUAGCUACUUAUGUAUUACAAGAAACCCCUCGAUAGUUCGGAGGUCGUUCGUAUUCCCUAUUCGCAAGGUAUACCUAAGUUCGUAGCUGUUAGAGCUAAUGGAUUACAAGUUUGGGACACACCUGUCUAAUCAACAAUUUUUUGUUUUCAAUGAUCUUCGUGAUCCUAUUAGUAGUCUGAUCAUCUUGCUCCUGAUAGGAUCACGAAGGUCAUUGAAUAUCAGUUGCGCUUAUCGUUAUCCUUUUUUUUUUCAUGUACUGCUGACCCCAAGUGCGCUAGUUUGGAAGGCGGCAUACUACGGUUCCACAACAUCGAUAUCAGAUCUCUUCAUGACGUCUCUUCUCCUUGUCUUCCACUAAGGCAGAGUAUAAUCCUCACUACUACAGUAGAAGGAGAGCAACUACAUGUUUCUCAGUUCAGUCUCCUAUAGCCCCACCCCUACAGUUGAAAAGAAAUAACUUCAUCUCUCAUGUUUGGGACAGAGACCAGCUGCAAAACUACUCAGAAGAAUUUCUAUUCUUAGAGUUAUUUCUUCGCUGAUAGAUUUGAUGUAACGUUGUCGUUACAACAUGUUCAUGCAUUCCGUGGCAGUUUUAUGUUUUUUUUGAAGGGAUUAGGUAAUCCAAGACUCCAAGACUGCUAUUUUUCACUAUAUAAUUUCUAGGUAGGUGGCGCAAGAAGAAGAGCUUCUUUUUAAUAUCUAAAAUGCGCAUAGUUUUUAUACCAACCUAGGAACAUGAGGCAAACAAAGGAUCACAUGUUUUUGUCUGGUUCGCCACUUCGUUGAAGAGGCAUGGAGGCUGAUCAAGGCCAGCCUUGAAAAACGCAUAUGGGUAAAACUCAAGUGAUGAGCGAGAUCUCGUAUGGAUUCGGGACCAGGUUUUCUUCUCCUGUAACAACAACGCAUCCGAAAGACAACAUUGUAUUUAGGGCAUUACUCAUGACUGUCACAUCGGUGCUUCAUGGCCCUACUCGAGCCUGAUUCGUCCCGGCAACGUGGCUUGGCCACAAGUUCGCGGACCCUUGAACCUUGAACCUUAAAGACAACAUUGUAG